GAUCGAGGGUUUUUUUUUUUUUUUUGCUCCAGGUUUCAGUAAGCUUCGAGGCUGCUUAUUGUUUUAAUAUGAAGCAGACGCUGGAAAGAGAAAAACUAAUCGUCUCCGUGGCGCUUUUGGCUUUUAAAAGUUGCCACAGAUUUGCUACGGACUUUUCAGAAUAGACUAUUUUCAUUUCGCUUCUUUGAUGUUGUUUUUUCACCCCGAAUUGACUGGAAAAGUUUGAGUUUUUUUUUUUUUCCUCCCUGUACUAGCGCUUAUAACAAUAGAGAACAUGGAGGCAGUGUCAAGCUUCCGACCACACGCGGGACUUCGGCAAACUCUCAAGCAGUUUCACUUGAGCUCGAUGAGCUCACUCGGCGGCCCGGCGGCUUUUUCGGCUCGCUGGCAGCACGACGCACCUUUCGACAAACCGGGGAAGAAGAGCGCGGAUCUGCCGCUGGUUCCUAGCCAGAGGACUCAGACGGCGUCAGUGCUGUCCGGGCCGCUGCUCAUCGCUCCGGAUCGCUCCACAGAGCGCUGCGAGACCGUGCUGGAGCGAGAGACCAUUUCGUGCUUCGUGGUGGGCGGCGAGAAGCGCCUGUGUCUGCCGCAGAUCCUGAACAGCGUGCUGCGCGACUUCACCCUGCAGCAGAUCAACGCUGUGUGCGACGAGCUGCACAUCUACUGCUCGCGGUGCACGGCUGAGCAACUCGAGAUCCUGAAGAUUAUGGGCAUCUUGCCCUUCUCGGCACCAUCGUGCGGACUGAUCACGCAAACAGACGCCGAGCGCCUGUGCAACUCCUUACUGCACGGUGGUGCAUUGCCGCCGCCGCCGCGCCUCGACAAGGAGCUCGCGUGUUCCUCCGCCGAGCUCGAGUACACCGCCCGGGCCUUUAAGGUCUACCACGAAUGUUUUGGUAAGUGCAAGGGCGUGUUCAUGCCAGAGCUGUACACGAGUCCGCAUGCAGCGUGUAUCCAGUGUCUAGACUGCAGAUUGAUCUUCCCUACGCAAAAGUUCGUGGUGCAUAGCCACAAGCGCUUGGAGAACCGGACGUGCCAUUGGGGUUUCGAUUCCUCCAACUGGAGGGCCUACAUCCUCCUGGAUCAAGAUUACAACGAGAAAGAAGAGAAGGCCACAUUGGAGCAGCUUCUCAAAGAAUUAAAGGGGAAAUAUGACCUUAUGAACAAACACAAGAGCUCAUCUGUCAGGGAACAUAGUCCCAUUCCAAUCAAGAAGCCCAAACUGGAGGACAAAAAAGAGCAGGCAGAAUGGUUACAGUGUCUGGCAACAUCUGCAAACAAGGAUCACAAGUGGCUUCAGAUCAAGCAGAGGCCAUCAGCUUUUCGGCCAUGGUCUCCUCGGAUCGCAUCCACCGAGAAGGCAAUUCCGAGUCACAAUCAUGAGCGAGCACAACCCAAAGAUUCGGAGAGCUUUGCAUCACCUCCAGAUAUUCUGCAGAAGAAGAAGAAGCAGCCAGAGCUGUCUGGUGCUGAAGGCUCCCAGCCUUGCUAUAGCCACAAGUCCGCACCAGCCAAAUGCUGGCCAUCUGGUGAAGACCAGACACAGCCUGUAGCCUGCCCUCCUCAUCCCCCACAGCACGACUCCAACUCAGAUGCAGAGAUCGAGGUAGACAACUGUGAUGAGGUGCCUUGUUCCCGCUCUUUCGCUAGUGAAGGGCCUGUGAAGCAGUAUGAGAGCAUCCACAGACCUACAGCCACCCCUGGCUCAGAACUGGAGGCGCUUCAACAGAUGUUGUACAGCAACCUGAGCUCCAAAGAGGCCAGAGAGAGGUUCCUGCAGGAGAUUAUGCAUAUGCAAGUUGAACAGGAUAUAAAGCUUAAAGAGGCUUUGCAGGCCAAGCGUAGCCUUCAGCAGGAGCUGGAGUUUUUACGAGUAAGUAAAAAGGGCCGGCUGUGGGAAGCUGUCGAGGCCAAGCAUAACCUGCGAAAGAAGCUCGAUCGUUUGCGCACAGAAUGUGAUAGAAGGGUACAUGAUGCCAGUGAGUCGUGUGAAAGACUGAAAAGGGAGCUGGAGCAUGAGCGGCAGAGGCACAUGUGCGACAAAGGGUGUGAACCAAGCCAGCUGAGAGCCAAGUACCGUAACCAGAUCGAGGAGCUCCAGGUAAAACUGCAGCAAGCCGAGGCAGAUCGUGAGCAGCUACGAGAGGAACUGUUACGAGAACAUGAAGCUCGGCAGAAUCUGGAGCAAGUGGUGCGCCAACUCCAGGAGCAGCUCGGCCAAGGCGACCGGAAACAAGGCCACCCCAGCCCACAGCGGUUGUAGCAGGAUAUCUGGAAGAACAUCGAGGAUGCUAUGUAAUUAAAGGACUCCAUAAACGUUCAAAAGCCUCAAUUCAUGGACACAAUGAGCAUGUAAAAAAAAGGUUUAUGGGUGGAUAAGUAUAAAUGUAUAUUAGCUAUACAUUUUUAGACUGUAUGAGUGGUGUAUGAACCUCCCACACAGCCCUAAUCUUAAUUAUGAUACUGUAACGGUCCACUUGCUCUCAGAUCAGUAAAGAGGACACUCCAACACCGCAGGAGCGCAGCAGCACAUAGGACUAAUACACGUUCAGGUAGCUUUUUUUUUUUUUUUUUUUUUUUGCUAAUCCAAUGAAUUUAUAAUGUUAUAAGCUAUUUAACAACGAUACUUGAAAAUAUAAUGACUGCCAGGGAAAGAAAUGAGGUUUUUCUGGUAGUGAGACUACAAUAGCAAAUAGAUGAAUUGAUCUAUAAAACAAGAAGGCAUCGAAAUGCCAGAUUAUACACAAGAGACACAAUAUCGAUACAUAUUAUAAUGAUGUUCAUUUUUUUUUUUCAUUUUGUUAUUUUCCAUACAAUUAGCAUGAUUAACAGUACUACAGUAUGUAUGUCAUGGGUGGGCUUUCAUAUGAAUAUUCAAUUUUUUUCCCCUGUUUAUAUUUUUAAAUAUCUUUGUGUAUUUAAAAGCCCUACAUUAUUUUUUUUAUAGUUUGUUUCAAACUAUACAGUUAUUUCCGAUUCCAAACUCUUUCGCAAGUAUUUUAUGUUGUACGAUGUUCACAUCUAUAUAUAAAACGAACAGUAUUGCAUAGGAUUUAAUGAGUACUCUGUGAACAAUGUUGCUGCAGACUGUUUCAGUGAGAACCAAUAUCUCUUUCUGCCGUGUUCGUAAGUCGGCGAUAGCAAACACUAUUCUCAUUCAAGUGUUCAUUCAUUUUAGUCUCCGGUUCUAAGGCUUGUUUGUAAAAGGAUGCUUGACAAUAACAUUUUUACUUCUAUACAAAAAAAAGUGGAUAUAUAUUUUUUUACUCUACCAAAAAAAAAAUUGCACUUUGGAAAAGAGAAAUAUACUCUUACACAAUGCACAAAUUUGUAAUUGUUAAUAUUCUGCCCUCUAAUAUUGUCUUUCAUAUUUCAAGCAAGCAAGAGCUGGUUUAAAGUUUUUUCUUACUUUUGUUACUUAAUGUAAAUAACACUUAUUACAUAUUAAAGGAUAGUUAUUGUAAAUAAGCUGGGCUUUACAUGUUUAUGCCCACCUACUACUUUUCUUUUUUCAACCAAUAUAUCAUAUUGAUGUAUAGAAUUCUUAUAAUGUACUUUGGGGCAAUGCUAGGUAAUUAUAGUCUUAGUCUAUAUGAAAAUCAAUUUUAAUAACUUACCAAAGCUAAUGUUUGAGGGGGAAAUGCUUUUACUGGGUUUCACCUCCCAUGCAUACAAAAGACUCGUAACUUUGUGCAGUUAUUUAGCAUAGUAAAUUUUGAUUCGUUUUAUUUAUUCUGUAAUUUUAACUACUUAUUUCUGAACAGUUUUGCUUGCCUCUUAGUGUUUUUUUUUUUUUCAGCUCCAAACUCUUGAAGGUGUAAUCCAAUACACUAGAAAUACACUAGUUCAGGCUGCUGGUGUAGUUUUGGUUGUUAUGUGGCUCAAAUUUGCCACUUGUUUUAUGUUCUCUACAUAUAAUACCCAUUAAAUAAAAAUGACAA